GACCACCAAGAUCAGUCGCUGCAGGAGUCCAACAUCUCUCGUUGAAAGGCUGUUAUUUGAGGAAAAAUAGACAGAUCAGUUGAAAGUUUUUCUCUUUUUCCUUCAAUAGGGGCAAACGUUAGAUUGAGAUUGAAAUACGUACACAGUAGAACCCAUGAAGGUGCCGCCACAAAGUUACAGAACUCGUAACUUCAUGGAGGCUCACUUUGGUGGCUGACUUCAGAGUCAUCGCUCGCGCGAACUUUCUUCCGAGCUCUCUCCCUUUUCUUCACGGACUUCUUCAAAUAAUGAAGACCGUUCUUCUGGUUUCUCACCAUCCAUCAAAGCAACACAAACGGCCUGGAUUUCAGCUUUUGAUAUCUGUAACUAAAGUGUGUCAAAAUCACGAGUUGAGCUCUUCCUAUUGGAGUUCUAAUUGGCCGCAUGAAUGGAUUCCAGGCGAAAUAAUUUUGUAAGGUUUCGAAGUUGGAGUUCGGAGAAUUCCAUGAACGAUGGCAUAUAUGAUCGUGAGCCACGAAAUGAUGAUCAGUCAGGUCCUAGGAAGAUGAGAGUCCAUGAUCCGCAGGAUCAAUUUCUUCAAAGGUGGAACAAACUAUUUGUGCUUUCUUGUGCGAUAUCAUUGGCAUUGGACCCACUAUUCUUUUACAUCCCAGUGUUGAAGCUGAAUGACGAGGAGACAUGCUUAUAUACGGACAGAAAACUGGCGAUUAUUAUUUGUGUUCUUCGUUCAGUCACAGAUGCUUUUUAUGCAAUUCAUAUAUACUUGCAAUUUCGAACUGGGAUUAUCAUACCUUCUUCCCGAGUGUUUGGAAAGGGUCAGUUGAUUAGUCAUCCUAUGACAAUAGCAAAAAGAUACUUGUUCACAUAUUUCACUGUCGACGUUCUAGCUAUCCUUCCAUUACCACAGGUGGUAGUUUUUGUUACCUCUCCGUCAUUCAAAAAUGCACUUCCAAUGGCGAUGAAGGAAAUGUUGAAGUCCGUAAUCUUCUCCCAAUAUGUGCCGAGGCUUUUGCGGAUCUAUCCACUAUAUGUAGAAGUAAUUAGACACUCUGGCAGACUAACUAAGACGGCAUGGGGUGGAGCUGCUUCUAACUUUUUCGUCUACAUGCUUGCCAGUCAUGUCAUUGGAGCGUUUUGGUACUUUUUUGGCAUUGAACGACAGGAUGCGUGCUGGCAGAAAAUGUGUAGGAAAAUUAAUGGUUGUCGAGAUAAAGAUUUUUACUGUGGAAAUAAACUUGACCAAGCUGACUUUGUUGGUGUAGUAAGUCAGGCUUGCCGUAUUGUCGAACCAGAUGAAACUAAAAGCUCAAUUGAUCACUUUGACUAUGGAAUAUUUACUGGAGUUUUGAAGUCUGGGGUUGUGGAAUCAAGAAACUUUUCAAUGAAAUUCUCUUAUUGCUUCUGGUGGGGUUUUCGCAGUCUGAGUUCUAUUGGCCAAAAUCUGGAAACAAGCACCUUUUUUUGGGAGAUAGUCUUUGUUGUUUGCAUAGCCAUAUCUGGGUUGGUCUUUUUGUUAGUACUUAUUGGCAAUAUGCAGAUAUAUCUGCAAUCUACAACAGUGAGGAGAGUACAAGAACUGAGGGUGAGGAAGACUGAUAUAGAACAAUGGAUGUCCCGAUGUAUGCUCCCUAACGAAUUAAGGGAGCGGGUUAGACAACAUGAACAGCACAAAUGGCUUCAAAUUAGAGGUGUGGAGGAAGAGAAUCUCAUCCGUAGUCUUCCUAAGGAUCUUAGAAGGGACAUAAAGCGUCAUCUUUGCUUGAAUCUUCUUCUAAGGGUUCCCGCGUUCAAUGAGAUCGAUCAACAACUGUGGGAUCCGAUGUUGGACCGUCUCAAGACAGGGCUUUACACAAAGAACACCUACCUUAUUCGUGAAGGGGAUCCGGUAGAUGAGAUGAUCUUUAUCAUGCGAGGAACUCUAACCACUUCUACUGCUAAUGGCGGAACAACUGAUUUUUUCAACACUAGUGAUCUUAAAUCUGGUGACUUUUGUGGUGAAGAGCUUCUUGAUUUGUUGUCCUCGACCGCAUUACCUAUUUCAACUAGAACAUUAGUGGCUAGAACAGAGGUUGAAGCCUUCAUUCUAAAGGCAGAAGACUUGAGGAUUAUGGCCUCUCAGUUUCCGAAACUUCGUAGCUGGGAGUCGCAGCACGCUUUCAGGUUCUACUCCCAUCAAUGGAGGACAUGGGCGGCCUGUUUUAUCCAAUCAGCUUGGCGCCGUUUCUGUAAGAGAAAGCAUGAACGGGCGGCUUUGUGUGAUGCAGAAAAUAGAUUGCAAUAUGCUUUGGCAAAUGAAGCUGGGACCUCAGAAAGUCUUGGUGCAACUAAGGAACGAGUGAAAGAUAUAGGCAAUACCAGAGUGCUACAACUGCUGCCAUCGAAGCUUGUUGAGCCCAAUUUCAACGUUGCAGGUGACAAUACUGCACAGGAACGGACUACUGCAGUUGUUACGGAGCCUGCUACUACACAGACCUCAAUGGGUCAUCCUCCCAACGUGGCUAAUAUUGUGCGCACGGAGAUUUUUGCAGCACUUGAAGAGCAUCGUGUGGGUAUGGAGAGGAUCAUUAUGCUCAUCAUGACUCGAUUGACGGACAUGGAGGGUCAUAUGGCUGCUAUAGAGGAGGUCCUCCGGACUCGAAGUCUUUAGUCUAUUUUGGAGUCUCCAAAAGCUGUAUUCCAUUUUUUUUUUUUUUUUAUGUAUUUAAUUUGGAUUCAUAGUAUUGAUAGCUCUGUUUACUGAAGAAGACUCAUUUUAUUUUGGAACUGGGAUCAUCUCUUGUGCCUGCUGAAAGCUUUCCAUCUCUUCCUUUGCUUCAAGUAGAACUGAUUUGGGACUAACAAACUUUCUUUCUAAUACAUAUCUAUUUCUUCUUA